AUGAGACUAAUUUUGCUGGUCCUGUUCGCCUCGCUGCGCGCGGCGUCCUCGUACCUCGCGCCUCCGCCGGCCGCCCUCACGCGCACGCGCCUCGCCGUCGUCAGCAGUGGAGGAGCGGAAACCGCAUUGCCGGUUCGCGCUCGCGCGUUGCUGUGCGCGAGGCCGACCCUGCUGCGCGCUUGCCCUCGGCUGGACGGCGGCGCGGCGCAGGAUUCCAUAAUUUCCUUCUCCGAGCGUGCGCUCACGCAGAUUCAGGAGCUGCGCGAGAAGUCGGGGAAGGAGCGGGCGUGCUUGCGGAUGGGCGUGCGUGCGGGCGGCUGCAGCGGGAUGUCAUACGUCAUGGAUUUCAUGGAGGAGGGCGAGAUAGACGAGAAGGAUACCACCAUCGACUACGAGCAGGGCACGAUCCGCUGCGUGAUCGACCCAAAGUCUCUCAUGUUUCUGUACGGGCUGCAGCUCGACUACAGCGACGAGCUCAUCGGCGGCGGCUUCUCGUUUGCGAACCCGAACGCGGAGGAGACGUGCGGCUGCGGGAAGAGCUUCGGCGUGUAG